AAUUGACCUUUAAACAUGUCUGUGGCCGCUAUAGGAACGUCAGUGCAGCGAGUGGGAGGCAACUCGGCCUCGACCAUGCAGCAAAGAAUGAUGGACGCGCGACCGAAUACUGGGCAGACAGGAGCCAGCAUGUACAACAACAUAUUCCGGGGUAUGCCUGGUUCCCAGCAGAAACUUCCGGUCAGUAAGAUACCGGAUAUAGUACAGAGGAUGCAGCGGGAAACAAAAUCUAGCAGCGCAAAGAGGGGCAAAUGGUAUAAAAGUGACAGUUAUAUAGAUCCUAGGACAUAUUCAUGGAAAAAUCUAGCACUAUUUAGCGACUACCAGGCGCACAUGUGGACGGACAACGGAGGAAUAAAAAGUGCUUACAAAAAGUAGUUUAUGUAUCAACUAUUAGAUUUAAUCAUUUAGGUUUCAUUUUGAAGUGAUUAUUUAGGUUCAUGUUACUUUUUUUAAAAUCUUAUUUUCUUCUUAAAUGGUUUUGAAGUUUUGUUAUAUUUUGAUAUACAGAAACAUUUUGUUUUUUUUAAACCGAGGACCUUUGAAACAAGACGUUUUCGAUGGUGUAUAAUCAAACAAAACUAAUCAGCAUAAAUAUGCAGACGUCACAGUCAUAAGGGGUUGUGGUAAUAUGAUUAUUAUACGCUUUUACAAGCUUUUGUUUGAAUUUUUAUUUGCACGAAAAAGAGCUUCGACUUUAAUAGGGGGUUUGCAUACUAGCCAACUACGUGUGGUUAAAUGUCAUUUGUCACCAUUUUCUGCUGUUAAAAUUGUCGUCUGAUAAAAAUGUCGUCUGGGUAAUUUUCGAAUUUUAUCCAUUUUCUUUUCACAAUUAAGACAACAACAAAGACAACAACAACAACAACAACAACUGUGACUUCCCCCCUAAAAGCUUAUUACAUUUGUACCCUGAUGAGAGGCUAGGGUACUUUCACAAGUCUGGUACAUAAUUGUAUGCUAAAAAUCGAGUUUAGCAGAGAAGGGGCCAAAAUGUUAAAGAAGCUAGCUGAUUAUUUCAAAUAACUUAAAUUUCGUCUUGUUCUAGACACAUAUACAUGGUAAUGGUCCGAUAUAGAAUAUUUCUUGGUAGCUGGAUGUUUUACUUUGUGUAUUUGGUUUGUUUGAAUGAUUGUGUAAUUUGAUUAGUGUUGAGUUAUUCAUAAUACCAGUUUAACCAUCUCCAAAGUGCUGUUUGCUUUUCUGAUAUUAAGGCGGGGGGAGGGGUGGAAACAAAAUGGGACGUGGAUACAAAAAUAUAAAUCUUAAGUUAUGUCAUUACUGAUAUAAAGUUAUAGAAUAUUUAUUGGAUAUACCCCAAUAUACAUUUACAUGUACAUUUUAUAUCGCAUCACUAUAUUUGUUUUCUUUUAUGAAAACAUGUUUUAUUUACCACACCAGUAUUACAAUUAAUAAAAUAAUUGUGAAAUCUCAAA